AUGCAUGUCGCCUUGCAGUCGGAAGCGAUCCUUGGCCUCCUUUGUACCGAGCUACGGUUGUCGGGAACCCAGGCGGACCGACAUGGCCUGGCCAGUCUUGCACAAACCUGCCGUUCGUUCGCGGAGCCGGCGUUGGACGCACUCUGGUUCACCCAGCCCGACAUUGCCAAUGCUUUCAAGCUUUUUCCAGAAGACCUCCUUGAAUACGAGCCCCUUGACGAUGGUGGCUUCUUUUUGCAUUUUCGUCGACCCAUCCGGGCUGAAGACCUGCUUCACAUCUACAACUAUACACGCCGUAUUCAUGAGCUCACCUUUCCCCCCUAUAAUAAGAGCGGCUAUCAAGGCCUGGCUCCAACGCAGUAUGUGCAUCUUGCGAUGGCUUCCAUGUUCCUCUAUCAAAUCGAGUUAUUCCCAAACUUGACGGAGCUGUCCUGGGAAUCUGACGAUGCCUGGAAUGUUCAUAAUGUCGGAUCCGACGGACCAUUUCUCUUUUUCCAACAAACAGUCGCGUACCAUGCUCCAUGUCUCACACGCCUUCGACUAUGGACGAACUUCCGUUGGAACUUGGAAUUCAUUUUGCCCGUUGCCAGUACGCUUCAAAUGCUCGCGCUCGAAUACUGUUCUACAUACCCAUGUUACCAGCAAGUAAACCCGGUUGCCCUCAAGCUCUCCGAUAUUCAAGUGCUGUCCAUCGGUAACCUGGAUGAUGCUGCUCUUUCUCACAUUGCACAUCUCCUAUCGUUGACGGAAUUGACUCUCGCCCUGCCCGGCCAGGGGAUUCCACCUGACUCGGGCUACCUCAGCGAGCGAACCCUACCCUUCAAGACCUUGCGUGUCCUCAACCUUUGUGUAGUUCCAGGAGAACUACGAGCGCCUCAAACUGCUCGCGGGCUUGAUGCGCUCUUAUAUUUCAUCCGUGCCUGCGACACAUUGACGUUAUCAUCGUUUACGCUAGACAUCCAAGAGUCCGGCGCAUCGGGUGUCACCGAGGUCUUCAUUGCCUUAUCACAGCGCUGCUCCGUGACGCAACUCACCCAGAUAUCUUGUGGCCUCGACUCUUUCGACAAGGCGCUAUUCGAACCGCAUCUCCCCUCACUCGUUUACCCUCUAUUGCAUUACCCAAAUCUUCGUCAACUGCAAAUCGAAAUCGGUUUUGGGCUGACUAUCAACGAUGCAUUGCUUGAACGACUUGUGCAUGCGCUACCCUGCCUCGAAGAGCUCUCGCUGGCCAAAAAUAUCCCCUACCGUGAACAAAAGGCUAUCAGCCUCCCGCACCCAAGCCUAACGGUUGACCUCUACAUCUUUCCCUACCACGACCCAAGGUCGCUCGUCACACUUGGUGGCCUGACAGCUAUCUCUCAGCACUCUCUUCGUUUACGCGAGUUGCGUCUUUCCCUGGAUGCUUCCAAACUCGAAUCGCUCGCUGGAGGCCAGGCCCAGGUUCCUGCUGGCGGCUGUCCACUUAGGGUAUUCCACGCCGCCGACUCGCGCAUUGCCGCUCCAUGGCCGGCGGUCUGGUUUCUUGCGAAGGCGUUUCCCGAGCUAGAAAGUGUCGCAUAUAACAACGUCGAGCGGACUGCGGAGAAUAGACUUGGAGAAGCCAGCCCGGACCGGCCGGAUGCCUACGAGCGAGCUCUUGUAGGAUACGGGAAGGUCUGGCAGCAAGUUAAUGACGCCCUUCCCGACGUUCGCAAUUCGCUCGGCGAGAAGCCCAACAGUAGCCACGAAGAGCUGGCGGAGAUCCUCAGCGGCCUCAGAAAUCUGGCUAUGAUUUAG